AUGUGGCAGGGCUACAAAGAAAAGCACAGCCGCGAGCUGCCUAGUGACACGAGCCUACCAGACGAGCUAAAUAACUUCUAUGCUUGCUUCGAGGCAAGCAACACUGAAGCAUGCGUGAAAGCGUCAGCUGUUCCAGAAAACUGUGUGAUCACGCUCUGUGUAGCUGAUGUGAAUAAGACCUUUAAACAGGUCAACAUUCACAAGGCCGCAGGGCCAGACGGAUUACCAGGACGCUGUCUCAUCGUUGUCGGUGAUCAGGCCUACCACCUUCGUGUCGUCUGCAAACAUAAUUGUGGCGUUGGAGUCAUGCGCAAACAGGGAGAACAGGAGGGGACUAAGCACACACCUCUGAGGGGCCCCGUGUUGAAGGUCAUUGCAGUACCCUCACCACCAGGGCCGGCCCUCAGGAAGUCCAGAACCCAGUUGCAGAGGGAGGUGUUUAAUCCCAGACUUCAUUCUUCUUUCACUCACGAGGUGCUGGACAUAGGUGAGAGCUUUGCCAUCCCUGAUGAGUUCACAGAGGAGGAGAAGACCUCUGGUGGCUGGUGGAAACAGCUGGCUGCCGGGGCGAUGGCUGGGGUGGUCUCUCGCACAGGCACCGCCCCCCUGGACAGGGUGAAGGUCUUCAUGCAGGUCCACUCCUCCAAGUCCAACCGGGUCACCCUGCUGGGAGGAUUCAAGCAGAUGAUUAAGGAAGGGGGCGUGGCCUCAUUAUGGCGAGGGAACGGGGUCAACGUGUUAAAAAUAGCCCCUGAGACUGCUAUCAAAUUCAUGGCCUACGAACAGUAUAAGAAGCUGCUGACACCAGAGGGAGGGAAGGUCCAGACCCACCAGAGGUUCAUGGCUGGCUCUCUGGCAGGAGCCACCGCCCAGUCAUCCAUCUACCCCAUGGAGGUGAUGAAGACCAGACUGACUCUGGGGAAAACUGGCCAGUAUAAUGGAAUGUUUGACUGUGCCAAGAAGAUUCUGAGGAAAGAGGGCAUCAAAGCCUUCUAUAAAGGCUACACUCCCAACAUGAUCGGCAUCAUUCCCUAUGCUGGCAUCGACCUAGCUGUUUACGAGAGCCUGAAGAAUGCAUGGUUGUCCCGCUAUGCCAAAGACACAGCCAACCCUGGCAUCUUGGUGCUGUUGGGCUGUGGCACCAUCUCCAGCACCUGUGGCCAGCUGGCCAGCUACCCCCUCGCCCUGCUUCGCACACGCAUGCAGGCACAAGCAACUCUGGAAGUGUCGGACAAGUCCACCAUGACUGGACUGAUGAAGGGGAUCAUGGCUAACGAGGGUUUCUUUGGACUGUACCGGGGUAUCCUGCCCAACUUCAUGAAAGUGAUUCCUGCUGUGAGCCUCAGCUAUGUGGUCUACGAGUACAUGAAGACCGGCCUGGGGAUCUCCAAAUGACGCAGGGACAGUCAGACAGGAUGUUCAGUCUAGGUGUUUUUGGACAGUUUAGUUGGAACUUAGUGAUCAGCACAGACUUUUAUGAUCUCACGUGGACAACCAAACGUUGCCAUCUUGUUAUCACUCUGUGUACUGGGCCUUACGAGGAGAACCAUGAAAUCAAGUUUGGGUCUGAGAUAGGCCAUAGCAUUAGACUCUCCAAAAAUGAUGCUCUCCUCUUUAACUCAAGGUGAAAUUCCAAUAUGGUGCAAUAUACCUGUCAAGAACUGCAUUAUGGAUCUUAAAACAUAGAGGACGAGGUAUCGAUGUCUUCCGGUGAACACUGAACGAGGUUCAAGAGCUUUGUCCAAACUAUUUUUAUUCCACUGUGAUGUUAGACGCUCCAUGCGCACAUUUUAGAGAAUCCCACACUACUACAGUUUGCUAUAGAAUUCUGUGGUAAAUUGUAGUCUGGGUACCAGUCAAUUUAGCUAACGUUCCACUACCUGUACUCCGUGUCAUAUGCCUAAGAUAUAUUUAAAGAAUGAAGAAAGACCUGUCUCUUUGGCAUAUCACGUGGAGUAGGCUACAAGGAGUGGAAUGUUAGCUAAAUAGACUGGUCCCCAUCAUCAACGAUCACUCGGGUUGAGUAUGAUUGUCCUCCUGGUGGGUCCUGCUUGUGGGUCUUCAGAUGGCUGAAGAGGCCGAUCCGGGAGCCACAUAUUUUGAUGCGUUAUGGGCCAGGGUGAGUGGUGGUGGUGGUGGGUGGGCGUUCUUGAUGGGAAGUCUGUCCUUUAAAAGUUGCCACUUGUCCUCUGCGGCACGACAGAGAUUUUCUUUGUACCAUGCAACUUCGUCAUGGACAGCUUUUCUCCAUGUCGACCUGUCGAGGAGUGGAAUAUUAGCCAAAAAGGCUGGUACCCAGGCUAAGUAAACUGUAGAAUACUAUACUACACACGGUAGUA